AUGUAUAUAAACGCGUUUCGGGAUAUUGGAGAUUGUUGUUCCAAUCUCCAAUGCAGAGGAAAUAUUUGUAGAAAACGUUGCUUACUACCUGGACAACAUUGCAGUGGGAAUAUUCCAUGCUGCCCGCCACUUGUAUGCGACCGAGAAUCAAGGCUAUGUGAACAUAGAGGUGAUAAUAGUUUUGAAUGCAGUCUGAGAUUGUGUGGGGUGAAUCGUCGAUGCUGUGACGGUCUAAGAUGCAACAUAGAUAAAUGUGAAAGGAAUUGUAGAAAAGAUGGAGCUCAAUGUAUCGAGAAUAAUCAAUGCUGUAGUAGAAUAUGCUUCAGAGGCAUUUGUGCAAGACGAAGUGGAUUGUGA